AUGACCCUGAAGCAAGUCGCACAUUACGGAACAUGGGUGUCGCCCAUUGGCGUCGAAGCCACCAUUUACAAGAAUAGAGCAUUGACAUCUCCGCGGGUCAAUAGGCAAUCUGGCCGGUCUUUCUUUGUCGAAAGCACCCCAGAAGGCAGGCAGACCAUCGUUGCGAUUACGGAAGAUGGCCUGAGAGACGUCUUACCUCGUGAAUAUACUGUGCAGAACCGAGUGUACGAGUACGGCGGCUCUUUGUAUGAUGUUCUUCCCGACGAUCGCCUCAUUUUCUCCCAUGAGGACGACACAGUUCGUUUGCUUUCACCCGAUACCGGCCUGGUCCAAUUGGUGGUGCAGAGCGACACCCUGCGGUACUCUAGCUUUUGUGCGCGCCAUCCGUCGCCCUGGGUGCUAGCCAUUGAAGAGGACCACACAUUCACAGACCCAUACAAGGUCCAAAACUACAUUGUCGCCAUCAAUGUUGAGACCUCUGCUGUUCAGAGGGUUGUGAGCGGCGCCGACUUCUAUUACCUGCCCCAGUUCAGCCCCGACGGCGCACGCGUAAGCUGGGUGGAAUGGGAUCACCCCAAUCUCCCCUUCGCCGCAGGAAAGCUGUACGUCGGCGACUGGACGGCCCAAGGGUCCAUUCAAAACGCUCGUCUCAUCGCUGGCCAGAACCACGAAAGCGUUGCUGAGCCUCGGUGGGGGCCCGAUGGCUCUCUCUUCUACGGCAAAGAGACGGGAUCGCAUCGCAAGUUGUACCGCAUCCCGCCUGGUGGCAGGCCUGAAGAGCUGAUUCAACUUGCGGGUUUGGAUGAUGCCGAGUUUGCCCAAGCAGGGUUGAUGGAAGGGAGCCGAACAUUUGUUCCACUUACAGCGGAUCUCUUGGUCGCCACAGCGUAUAUCAACGGCACAAGUCGUCUCAUUGCCAUCGACAUGACAACGGGUUCCUGGAAGCCGCUGGCGGAUGAGAACGAGCUGUCCGAUAUCUCGGGCGAUGCAGUUGCUAGACUUGGCCAUGAUUCCGUCUUGGCCAUUGGCAGCGGAACUGCCUCACACAAAUCCGUGUACAAAGUCGACGUGGCAAAUCCCAAAAACAGCAAAGUCCUUCGGACGGCCUUUGAUGAAGAAAUUCCAGAGGCAACCUAUGCCCGGCCGGAAGCUCUCCGUGUGCGUUCCAACGGACCGCCGUCUAGGGACAUCUUUGGCUUCUUGUGGAUGCCCCGGAAUCCGCAUUACACAGCGCCCGUGGGAGAACUCCCGCCGCUGAUCAUUCACACUCAUGGCGGCCCGACAGGACGUAUGGGCAGCGGGCUGAACCUUCGAACGCAAUACUUCACGUCUCGCGGAUAUGCCUUUCUGGCGCUCAACUACACCGGAUCCAUGGGGUAUGGCCAGCAGUAUCGCGAGUCCCUAUUCGGCAACUGGGGCAUCGUGGACGCGGCAGAUGUGGUUGAAUUUGCCGACUAUAUGGCUGCCUCUGGACGCGUCGACAGCGGUGCGAUAGGCAUCACCGGUUCAAGCGCAGGAGGCUACAACACACUGCAGUCGCUGUCACGAUACCCGGGCAGAUUUGCCGGCGGCGUCUGUGUCAGCGGUAUUUCAGAUCUGUCGAGUUUUGACGCCGCGACUCACAAGCUCGAAUCGGACUAUACGGCGGCAUUGGUCCUGCAUCCCGGUGUAGAUGAGGAGGAGAAGCGCAGGAUCUUCCGCGAGCGCAGCGCCAUGUACCACACUGACGGCUUGACAUCUCCCCUUCUCUUGUUACACGGCCAAGCCGACACCGUGGUGCCUGUUCAACAGGCCAGAAUCAUUGCCGAAGCCCUCAAGAAGCUGCACCGCGAUGUGGAAAUCUUUGAAGUCGAACACGAGGGGCACAUGUUUUCGAAGCCGUCCAGUGCGAAGCUGUCGCUUUUGCAGGAGGAGAGGUGGUGGAAGAAGACGCUGCUCCGGAAGACUUGA